ACAGGUGUGCUGGCGUGAGUGCGUGCGUGUACUGCGUGCCGCGAUAAGAAGAAAACAAACAGAAUCAACAAAAAAUUAGCGUUGCCUUAGAUUGCUUAUCAAUUGACUGGUGGCCGGGGGGUUUUGGGGUCACCGAGAACCACAUCAUUAGCUGGAGGAAUAGCCAAGAGUCCAGCUGUGCAUAGCCAGAGACGGUGGUAGCGACGGCAGUUGCUCAGAAGGAGACGAGGGGGGCGCGACACCGGAUAAGCUUGGAAUCAAAUUUCGGAAGAUUAUUGCCAAGCCACUGGGGAGGGGAUCUUCCCGGGUUACAUAAUCAUGCGCUUGCUUUGGCGCAGCUUUCGGGGAUUGGCCAACUCCAGAAAUCGUCGUCUUGUGGCCACGACAUCCACUAGGUGGAGCAACCGCAACGAGGAGGAGAGGGAGCAACGACAGGAUUACCAAUGGAGCUACCCGAACAGCCGGCUGGAGCAGCUCCUGUACGCCACCUACUGGGCUGGAGGUCUGGCUCUGGCCUAUCAUUGGUUGGACCCCAAGAAGACAGACCUGCUGGCCAAAGAGAAGGACGAUCCCGAGGAGGUGGCCCGCUUGUGGCACGUUACCGUUAGAAACGACCUGCCCACCUACAAGCCAGCCCAGGUGGAGAGCCACAACUCGGCGGAGUCCCGCAUCUGGGUCAGCUACGGCCUGGGGGUCUAUGAUGUGACCGAUUUUGCGGAGAAUCAUCCGGGCGGAGACAAGAUUAUGAUGGCCGCCGGCAGUGCCAUCGAUCCCUUCUGGGCCAUCUACCAGCAGCACAACACCCAGGAGGUGCUGGAGCUGCUGGAGGGCUUUCGGGUGGGCAACCUCGAGGGUGGCCUGGCCGAGAGCAAUGUGGAGACGGAGCUGGGCUCACCCUGGGCCCAGGAGCCCCAGCGGCACGCCCUGCUGAAGCCCGCCUCCAAGCGCCCCUUCAACGCGGAGCCGCCCAUCGGCAUGCUGGCGGAGAACUUCCUGACGCCCAACGAACUGUUCUACGUGCGCAACCACCUGCCCGUCCCAGUCAUCAAGGAGGAGGAGUACGAGCUGGAGAUUGAAACGGGCGCCGCCAAGCCGCCUCUGACUCUGAACCUGGCGGGGAUCAGGGCCCUGCCCAAGCACUCGGUCACCGCGGCCAUCAUGUGUGGUGGCAAUCGGCGAUCGGAGAUGACCAAGUUCAAGGCAGUCAAGGGUCUGUCGUGGGGCGCCGGAGCCGUGGGCAAUGCCAAGUGGUCGGGAGCCAGGCUCUGCGAUGUCCUGGCCCAGCAAGGCGUCCAGCCGGACGAGUCCAGGCACGUUAUCUUCGAGGGAGCCGACCUGGAUCCCACUUCCCAUCCCUACGGAGCCUCUAUUCCCCUGGCCAAGGCUAUGGAUCCGCGCGGGGAUGUCCUGCUCGCCUACGAAAUGAACGACGAGCCCUUGAGCCGGGACCAUGGCUAUCCCAUACGGGUGAUAGUGCCCGGCACGGUGGGGGCUCGCAAUGUCAAGUGGCUGACCCGGAUUGUGGUGGCAGACGUGGAGUCGGACUCGCAUUGGCAGCAAAACGACUACAAGGGCUUCAGUCCGAGCACGGACUGGGACACCGUGGACUUUAGCAAGUCGGACGCCAUCCAGGCUAUGCCUGUCACCUCGGCUAUAUGCACGCCGCAGCCGGGAUCCCGGGUGAAGGUGGACGAGGAUGGGGACGGGAGACACAUCACAGUGCGGGGCUAUGCGUGGAGCGGAGGCGGACGGAAGAUAGUGCGCGUGGACCUCACCAACGACGAGGGCCAGAGCUGGCAUGUGGCCGAGCUGGAGCAGGAGGACAAGCCCGAUGGCCGGCACUACGGCUGGUCCUUGUGGACGGCCAGGUUGCCAGUGACGGACGCCCAGCGGCAGCACGGCGACCUGGAGAUCUGGGCCAAGGCCGUGGACUCAGCCUACAAUGUCCAGCCGGAGAAGUUCGAGUACAUCUGGAACUUGCGCGGCGUCCUGGCCAAUGCCUACCACAAGGUCAAAGUGAAGCUAGUCUAGGACGCGGGACAAUACUCGGAAAACCAUUGAAGAUAUUUUUGAAAUUCAUGAAGAUGUGACCCAAAAUAAAUAGAAACUAUUGAAGGUA